GCGUCCUGAUUGACGUCAGCGUGAUUCGUGCGUGCGGACAAAGCCUUCGCAUUAGCAGCUGUGUGUACGGUUUCAGAUACGAACCGGGCCUCGGAUCAGUCCAUGCCGCGUUGCUGUUCUCGGAUCAGCCUUGUGAAACGUCUGGAGAAGGUGUGAUGACCACACCAUGGUUUUAAUCCAACGUUUAUUCUGAUGUCAGAUUAUUGAGACUCAAAGGAGCGCUGCGGGAACAUCUUGAAAAUGGAGGGAAGAAGUUUCAGUUACUCCAGAGAUUACUUUGACCGCUUCAUCCAAAGCCAAGAUUCAUCUGUGGUGAAUAAAUUCCAGCAAAAGUACUGGAAAACCAAACAAACACUCAUUAAAGUCACCGGCAAAAAGGAGGAUGAACACGUGGUGGCAUCAGACGCAGAUCUGGAUGCCAAGCUGGAGGUCUUCCACUCCAUCCAAAGAACAAGCUUGGAGCUGCUGAAGGUCAUUGAACAGUACCAGAGAAGAAUCUGCUUCCUUUCACAAGAGGAGAACGAGCUGGGUCGUUUCCUGCGCUCCCAGGGUUCCCAGGAUAAAACCAAUGCUGGGAAGAUCAUGCAGGCAACAGGGAAGGCUCUCUGCCUCUCCUCCCAACAGAGACUGGCCCUGAGGAAGCCUCUGUGCCGCUUGUACCAGGAGAUUGAAACCUUCCGUUACAGAGCUAUCUCCGACACGUGGCUGACAGUGAAUCGGAUGGAGCAGUCCAGAACCGAAUACCGUGGAGCGUUACUUUGGAUGAAGGACGUGUCUCAGGAGCUUGAUCCAGACACACAUAAACAAAUGGAGAAAUUCCGUAAGGUUCAGGCUCAGGUGCGCACCACUAAAACAAGCUUUGACAAGUUGAAGAUUGACGUCUGCCAGAAGGUAGACCUGCUGGGAGCCAGUCGCUGCAAUCUUCUCUCACACGUUUUAACCACAUACCAGACAACGCUUCUGCACUUCUGGGAGAAAACGUCCCACACGAUGGCAGCCGUCCACGAGAGCUUCAAGGGCUGUCAGCAUUACGAGAUCCCCAAACAUAAGACCUUACAAGAGCCCGCGGACAAGCUGGCUAAAAAGAAAGCGAGGAAACCUAAAGGAGAAACGGAAAACAAUGCAAGACCCGAGACUACAGACGACCAACUAAUCUCAUUAGGAAAUGGAAACAGCAGUGAUAAAACUGGAGAAGAGUCAGAGGAAGUGGAGAAAGACAGCCUGACUCUGCUCAAUGAGAUCCUGGGUGGAUUGUUUGUGGAUGAAGAUUUCUCUCAGAACUGGACCGACGUGUUUGGAGAAACCGAGGCGAGCGCAGCCGGCGGUGGAUCUGCAGACACGCGGGAGAGGGAAAACUCGUUUUUUCUGCCCUCACAGCUGCUGGAUCAGAGUUUGAAUAAGUCUUCCAUUUCAGAUUGGACAGGGCUUACCUCAGAGUCCGUCACCAGUGCAGCAGAAACAUCACCUGAAGCUGAACAGAACAGAUCAAAGCCAGCAGUAAAAGGAACUGGGAUGCCUAAAGACCUGUCAGCGUGGUUCAAUUUAUUCGCUGACUUAGACCCUCUUUCCAAUCCAGAUGCGAUUGGCAAAACUGACAGAGAACAUGAGCUUCACACGGCGUAGUACUUCCUUCAGCCUCAGGAUUCAUUUAAAGCUCUUGUAGUUUGAGCUGCAGACCAUAAUAAAUACUCGCCUCAGGCUGGAAGGCUGAAGGUUUUCCAAAGUACUCUGAACAUCAAGAAGAAAGGAAAAAUGGAUGAUUUGUUACUUCUUCCCAUGGAUGAAUUUUAAACAGCAAGGCUGAGGAAAACAAACCAUAUUUGUUAAAUUUAUAAAAUGAUUUGAGGCUGUAUGCCUUAAUUUGUUCUUAUUUUCAAUAGUCAGACGCAUGACAUCACUCUCAGCUUCUGUUCUCACAUCCACCUCCUAGUAACGCGCCAUGUUGCACUUUAAGCAUCAAACUCCUCUCUAAAGACUUGACAGACGUAACACUAAUGAGGUGAAAUAAACCUGCACUGUAAUUAAAAUUACCAGAUUAUUCCAGAAUAUGCAUCUAAUGCCUCCGUGACGCAAACAGUCACAAUAAAUUUAACCAUCCGGGACACAAAUAUCCCAAAGUAGAGGUGGAGAUCCCAAUAUUUAUCUAAUUUCUAACACUACUUUGUUACUAAACAAUGCAGCCACACCAUUCAAGUUAAAACAGCUCUAAACUAAAGUUAGCUGCCAUGCUAACGUGUUCUAGUAAUACUAAAGUGUUUCCAUGACUACUAAUUAACCUCAUAUCUGCGUAAAUUACCAAACUAUUAAGUCACGUAAGCAAAUCGUCACCAAGUACAUCUUCUUUAGCAUUACUUGUUUUAUUCAUAUAAAGACACAGAUCAGGCUGUGUGUCGCAUCUAAAACGGUCCAGAAGGAAACGGUUCCCAACAUUUCUUUAGAUAGAAUGUGACGAUUCUAAAAUCUCUCCCUCGUGGUUUCACAUGGGAGCAUCGCUCACCCCCAUCUGAGCGUUGACAUCAUCUGGUUUGGAUCCUAAUCAGACGUGUCCUCAUGUCAAAGGUGGUACAUGUUAAAAUUUGUAUUAAAGAUGAGUUUAAUAAUGUUUUUCUAAUAGUGGCAGGAGAACACAAUAAAACAAAAAAAAACAUUAUUUCUGACGUUAAAAACCUUAAGCUGUAACAAGCCAGCUGGCGAUAAGAUACCUCUGCUUGAUUAUUGGGGGGGCUGUAGCAUUCAUGUUUAAUAAGACAAAACAAGACCAGGAAGUCAAAUCAAAUUUGAUCGGAGUGUUUACAAGAUGGAAAGAUGCUGACGUAGAAUUUCACAGUAAAUGUUUAAAAUCCUAAAAUAAUUCUAAAACAUUUGUCAUCAUUGAUCAAUUUUAAAUUGUUUUACUUCAUUUUGCUAGUUUAAAUGUAUUCAGCCAUUAUUUGUGGUCUGCUUCUCAUUGCAUGUUGCCUGUUGUUGUUUUAUUUUUUACACAGCUUAAAAAACCUGUUUUUUACCCCACGUUUCCAUAAUGACUAGCCAUCUUCAGCCACCCUGAUGGCUAAUUAGCCGAAACAUGUAAAAAACUACUUAUUUACUAAGCUGUGUAACAAAAAAAAAAAAAAGAAUAUAUUGAAGUUACAUAAAUAAACAGAAGUGCCGUUUUAUGUUAUACAGAAAACAUCUGACAUGUACUUCUGCGGUUAUCUGCUCUUGUGGGCAUUAUUUGGAGUUUAUUUUUAAACAUAUAGUGCCGAGAGGCAUAGAUAAAAAUUCACUUAUAUACACAGACUUUGAAGAAAAUGCUGCAUAAUGUAAAUAUUUAUAUCAGAGUUAAUGCCUUAACAUAACCACAGAUCAUUUUGUAGCCCUGGUAUAGAAGGGAGUGGUAACUUUUGUUAUAACUGAGCUUUGAGUCAUUUUCUAUUGUUAAACCAUGCACGUGUUUAUUUUCAGUCCUAAUCAUUCAUAAGAAUGACCGUUACUUUACUUUUACACGUUUUUAAAUGUGAGCCUAUUCCCUUUAAUAAAAAAAGAUUACAUAUCAAUACAAA